GGAGAGAGUCGCGAAAAUGGCGUCUUACUCCAACCCAAAAUCCAUCUCUCUGAUCACCACUGGUCUCUUCUUCCUCUACGUUUUGCUGUCUCAGAAUCACUUUCCGGACACGAUCGUGGAAGAUCUCAUCGUUCCAGAGCAAGGCGAUGCUCGCCAGUGCCGGAGCCGCGUAGAGUUCCAGUCCUAUCGCCGCAAAUCGACAGACCCAUCGGCGGAAAGCUACUCGCCAUCGCCAGCUCUCAUCCACCGCCUGCGACGCUACGAGCAAAUCCACGCCCGGUGCUCUCGAUUGAUCCGAGAUGAUCCAAACGGCGAUCACGGCGACUGCCAAUUCGUGGUGUGGAUCGCGCCAUUUGGAUCACAGGGCCUGGGGAACAAGAUGCUGGCGAUUGCUUCCACUUUUCUCUAUGCUCUGCUCACGAACAGAGUUUUACUCGUCGCGAGAGAUUCGUCCGCAGAGAACAUGGAUCGAUUGUUCUGCGAGCCAUUCCCAAAGAGUUCCUGGCUCCUUCCCAGACCUCUGGAGAUCCGAUUAUCCACAGUCAACGAUUCAUCGCGGAUCGGCCAUGCCCCGGAUCUAAAAAUCACUCCUCAGCACUGUCACGAUUUCGCGAGCUCGAUCAAGUUUCCAGAUGUGGCCUACUCGUAUCUGUCCGUGGACUACACCCCGGACGAUCGAAAAUUCUUCUGCAAGGAGCAGCAAAAACUCUUGCAAUCGCAGGUAACGUGGCUGUUUCUCCGGUCAAACGUCUACUUUGCUCCGGGAUUGUUCUUGGUGGAAUCCUUCCGGAGUGAUCUCGCGAAGCUCUUCCCCCAGCAGCAGGCGAUCUUCCAUCACUUGAGCCGCUAUCUCUUCCAUCCCAUCGAUCCGGUGUGGGAUCGCACAGCGCGGUUCUACGACUCAUAUCUCGCGCGCGCCGAUCGCGUAGUCGGCAUCCAAAUGAGAGUUCCUCCACACUUGCAAGGAGUUCGUCAAAACCUGGCGGCGGAGGUGUUCCAAUGCGCCGUGGAGACAAAGAUCCUUCCCAAUAUCAGCAAGAACAACGUCGAGAGGAUCAAGCUCCGCUCCUCGAUCAGCUCGCAGCAGCAGCAGAUCGCGGCGGUGGUGACUUCGCUGGAUGAGCACCACUUUGACGUGCUGCGAGAGAUCUACCUCAACUCCUCCACCGCCGAUGGAUCGAUCGUGAGAGUGGAGCAGCCCAGCCACGAGGGGCAGCAGCACACCGGAUUUCUCGAUCACGAUGAGAAGGCUCUCGCGGAGAUUUACUUGCUGGGGCUCAGCGAUGUGCUGAUCACGAGUCCUGGCUCCACUUUCGGCUACAUUGGCCAGGGAUUAGCCGGGUUGAGGCCUUGGCUUAUGUGGGCUGGGCCUGGCUCAGGCAGGGACAUUUGCUCCAAGGCAAGAACUAUGGAUCCUUGCUUCUUUUCGUUUGGGGAGUCUAACUGCGAUUGUGGAGAGGCUGUCAAGCUUGACAAUGUGGAGCGGUGUCAAGAUUGGCCUAUAGCGCCUGGUGUUCAACUCAAAACAACUUGAAUCUUUAUCCAUUCUUUUUAGGACAUGUAGAGAGUUUUAUUGUGUCUUCCAAUGUGGACCAUUUUGGUAUGAAUUGUUUGAUAUGCAACUAAUUUCAAGGAAGUUAUCUUUC